AUGACAGUGCUAUCUCUACUCGUCUGCCUUCUCUUAGGCUUCUCCGUUCAUGGCAAUCCCCUGCCUUCUGAAGAUCUGCAUUUUGAUCUCUACUUUCACCACGACGAGGUCGCUCGUCACGUACGCAAUGGGGAUGGCGAGUAUGCAACCGAGCGAGCUCUCAUGAGGCGAUUGGACGACCAUUUCCGAGCCAACGAGUCAAUCCACGAGUUACGCACGCGCGAUUUGCAAAACAAGGAACUCAACUCCCGGGCUACCGUCUUCUAUAAGCCAAAUCUAAACGCUGUGUGCAGACAAAACGGGCUGCUGCAGGCGCAUCCCACUGCAAUCCGUAAUCCGUGUGUCUCUCCGAGGCAAUUUAGCGUAGACUGCGACCCGGAUCCACCAGGCGACUAUGUCCUCACAGUCCAUGGGUACUGCCAAACCAACUACUUCUGCGUAACGGUUCUCAAAGACACGCUUCAAAUCAUCGACCCGGAUAACAUCCAGCUCGGGCAAGCCGUAGAGCCCAUCUGCCAGAAAACCGUCUACUUCAAACCCUUCCAAAUCACAAAGAGCCUGGUAGACUUCACGACGGACUGGUGGACCGCGCCGGGCAAAUUCAAGGUCGCUUUCGGCCGCAUGGCGCUUCUCGUCGACACCGCGGGCGUGGAUUACAAGCUCAAAUUCGAAUACAAGGUUACCACGUCGGUUCUGUGGAGCGUGGCGGGCACCAAGUCCAUCGAGAGGGAAAACACGGGCGCCGACCACGAGUAUGAAUUGUCGUACAAUUAUGAUGGAGUCGACAACAUGCAGUUUCGAGCCGGCACCACAGAUCUUAAUAGUAUCAGUGGGGCCACCAAUCUCAUCCUCAAUGUCUAUUUUGGAGCUGCUUCUUAA